AUGAAAGAUAAUGUUUUCAAACAUAUCAAAGACAUAGGGUUGAGGGAGUACAAAAUAUGUAUAAUAUUUCAGAUCAACAAAUUUGAACUAAUACUGUUUCAACCCUCUAAUGCAUGGAGAGCAGAGGUUUCCCAAGAUGAAUUGUCCGUACUGGCAAGCCAGCUGAAAAUGGAUCCAGAUGAAUACUACUCCAGGAUCAAACAGUAUUUAUCAGAUACACCUGAGAACAUGACUUUCAAGGUUACUGAUAAAGAGUUCAUAAUGCACCAUACAUUGGAGAAUAAUAUUAAAAUGAAGCUCUUUUUUUGUUCCUUGGAAAAAGUGAAUUACUGUCAUUAUGUAGAAAAAUUAUUGGAUCAAUAUCAUGAAGAGAAGAAUGAAUAUAAAGAGAAAUAUGAUUUGGCCAUAAAAAGUCAAGAUGAGCUGGAACAAAGCAAAGAAGAGCUUCAAAAAAAACUGCAAGAAUUUGUGAAAAGAAAAAAGGAUGAUGAUGAGGUAUUAUAUAAUAACUUUGUUCUUGUGCUUAAUGAGAAGAAGCGCCAAAUACAACAUUUGACACAAACCCUUGAAGCUUUCAAAAGAGGUAGACCAACCCAUAAUCCACCAGUGAAGGUCAAAAAGGAAAAAAAGGGUACAGAAGUUCAUGUUAAAAAGGAAAUGACAAUAGAGAAAAAAGAAGUUUCUGAUUCUGAUACUGAUGAAGAACCUCCAAAUUAUAAUACUGAUGAAGAUGAUGAUUAUGACUACAAAUCAAAUGUGAGACAGAAUCAUGAAAUAGAUAACCUUCCUAGCACUUCCAAGCAAGAUUUUAGUUUAUUUUUGGAUGAUUCUCCCCCACACCACAUUUUACCCAAGCGUCAAAAAACAGCUCAGACUAUGGAAAUCAGUAUUAAAGCAUCUCAGGUUUCUAAGGAGAACUCUUUUGAAGAAAAGCAAGUUACUGAUGGAGCUAAAGAAGAAUUAAAAGUAGACAAUGAGUUUAACACCCAAGAUCUCCUUGAUCUCCUUUAA